GCGAUCCUCCUCCGUCUCCGUUCCGGCCCUCCGCCUCCCCGCCCCGUCCGUCAAAUGAUUCCCAGGCCCUUUUUCCGGUAAAACCACCGCACCGAAAGGGCAGCAGCUCAGACGCGCCUCGAUGCCUCGUGCUCCAUAACCAACGCCCACAGCCCAGCCAUUAGCCGUGCUAGUCAUCAGUAGGCGCGCACACUCGCUCGCUCGCAGCGCUUCGCUCGUUGCCAGUUGCCACCGCCAUUUUCCCCUCGUCGGACUGAAAGAGCGCUCCCCCCCACCCCCACCGCGGCGGGAGUGGGAAAGAGCGGAGGAGCAUGCGGGAGGGUUUUCACCGCGGCCCGAGAAAGGAGGACCUGCGCCGCGCGCAUCGCGACGAGCCGCUCCCCGCUGGCACGCACGCCAAAAGGCGAAGAAUCUCUCGGCUGAGCCCCCCCGUCCCCUCCGCCACCGCCGUUGUAGCCAGUAGGAGGUAGCUACCCCAGAUCUGCUCGUCUCCGCGCCCGCCCGCCAGAUUCGCCCCACCCUCCGCCAUGCGGUUGCCGCCGCCGCCGCUCUGACUGGGCUCUCUUCUGCUGUGAGAGGGAGGAAUAAAAAGCGGUUUUCUUUCGGGCGGCAGGCCGGUCGGUCGCCAUGGGGUGCGGCCAGUCCAAGAUGGAGGAAGAGUACGCGGUGCGCCACUGCCGGGUGCGCUCCGAGCUCCUCGCGCUGGCCAUCCGCCAGCGCUACACGCUCGCCGACGCGCACCACGCCUACGCCGAGUCGCUGCGCGCCGUCGGCGCCCUGCUGCACGACUUCCUCCGCGGGGUCCAGUCGCUGCCGCCGCCGCCGCCCGAGCCCGCGCUCCGCCUCCCGCAGCAGCGGAAGGGCGACGGCCUCCCUGCCGCGUCGCCGCCGCCCGCGAUGGCGUCCUCCUCCGCCGCCGCCGCCGCGCCGCCCGUCGCCAAGCAGGUCCGCAUCGCCCCCGACGACGGGCAUAUCCAGUUCUCCGACGGCGACUCCGAUUCCGAGGAUGGGCACAUCAAGUUCCACUCCGACGAAGAGCCCGACCCGGCUCGCCGCCGCCCGGAGGUCGUCCGCUCCACCGGCGCGCCGGGUCCUCCGCCACCGCAGAUGGGACAGCCGUAUGCCUCCGGCGGAGGGUAUGCUCCGCCGCCGUAUGGUCCUGGAUACGGUUACGGGUACGCCACUGGGCCUGGUCCGGGUCCUGGUCCUGAUUAUGGCGGUAUUGGCAUGAACGGCGGCGGUGGUUAUGAACCAGGCCAUGGUGUCAUGUAUGGGCAAAGCUAUGGUGGCAGCGGCAGCGGCGGCGGCUAUGAUGACCAGGGCUAUGGUGGCAUGGGCAGUGGUGGCGGCGCUGGCGGCUAUGACCAAAGCUAUGCUGGCAUAGGCGGAUAUGGCCAGAGCUUCUUUAACAUCAGCUACGCUCGCAGCCAGCCACCUCCACCAUCUGUCUCGCACGAGCAACGCCUGGAGGCGACUAAUGCCAGGGUCCACUACUAUUCCGGCAAUGGCGAGCAGCAGCCACCCCCGCGUGGCUAUGGUGGUGGGUACUCCUACCCACCACAGAGUUCAAGAUCAUAUAAUCAGUAUGCCUAUGGUGGUUACUAUGGAGGUGGUUCUGCUCCUGCACCACCAGCAGACAUCCCAUCCUCCUCCGGUGAGCCAGCAGCAGUGCCACCGCCUCCAUCUCCGCCCAGGGUGUCCACCUGGGAGUUCCUGGACCCGUUUGGAACUUAUGAGAGCUACUACGAGCAACCAACUGCUACAGCAGCUCCAUACUCUCCUGGCAGGAGUUUGAAGGAUGUGCGCGAGGAGGAGGGGAUUCCAGACUUGGAGGACGAAGACAUGGAGGUAGUCAAGGAAGCUUAUGGUGAUGAGAAGCACCCUGUGAAGGGUUACAUGGGGAACGGGAAGGCCGCAAAGGGAGAGGGUAGGAGCAGCACGGGGGAUGAAUUGCCCCGCAAGUCCAAGUCAUCUGAGGCCAGUGGUAGUGGUAGCAGCUUGGAGCAUGACGUUCAUGUAGUGGAAAAAAGUGUUGUCGGAGAACAAGUUCGACACUCGGAGCCACGGCAGCAUGUUGCCGGUCUACCACCCACAGGAUCGGAAAAGCUAUACAUUGAUGACACUGAGGUGGUGGUGGAGAUCAGGACUCAAUUCGAGCGUGCCUCACAAUCAGCUGGUGAGGUAUCAAAGAUGCUUGAGGUCGGAAAGAUGCCUUACUACCAGAAGGGUUCAGGUUUCAAAGUCUCCGCAAUGAUUGUUUGUGGUAUACCGACAAUGGAGGAGGAGUUUCUGCGUUUUGAAGAGGACAAGGCGAUGGGCUCUGGCAACCUCUCCUCUACACUACAGAAAUUGUACAUGUGGGAGAAGAAGCUUCUUGAGGAAGUUAAGACAGAGGAGACAAUGCGGGUACUGUAUGACAGAAAACGUGAGGAGCUGAAAAUGUUAGAUGAGAAAGGUGCCGAAGCUCAUAAGCUUGAGGCCACUGAAGUUUACAUCAGGAAGCUAUCAACUAAGAUUAGCAUAGCUAUCCAGGUUGUAAACACUAUUUCAGAAAAGAUUAGUAAGUUGAGGGAUGAAGAGUUGUGGCCUCAAACAUGUGAGCUCAUUCAAGGGUUGAUGAGGAUGUGGAGCGUUAUGCUAGAAUGCCAUCAGAUACAACUGCAUGCCAUAUCCCAAGCUAAAAACAUAGACUCCAUGAUAGACACUGCAAAGUUCGGUGACGCUCAUAUGGACUUGAUCAAGCGGUUAGAGCUUCAGCUAUUGGAUUGGAUUGCUUGUUUUGUUGCAUGGGUUAGCGCUCAAAAGAAUUAUGUUAAAACCUUAAACCGGUGGCUGACAAAUGGUGUUAUCUAUGUUCCCGAGGAAACCGAGGACGGGGCGCCUCCAUUUUCUCCUGGAAGAUUAGGAGGGCCACCGAUCUUCGUCAUAUGUAAUAACUGGGCUGCCAGUGUGGACAGGAUAUCUGAGAAAGAAGUAGUUGAGGCGAUGCAGGCCUUUGCAUCCAACGUUCUGAACCUCUGGGAGAGGCACAGGUCAGAGCAAAGACAGGGUCUGAUGGCGAACAAAGGCAUGGACAGGGAUCUUAGGGUGAUGGAAAGAGAUGAGCAGUCGAUGCGCAAGGCCCUGGAAGCGCAGAACAAGAAGCUCGUGCUCGUUUCGAGUCAGGGCAGCGUGUCCUUGUCCGCGCAAGCGUUACAUGAGCAGCGAGGCCCUGGCGCUGAGGUUGGCAGUUUGCAAUCAGGCCUGAGAAAUAUCUUCGAAGCGAUGGAGAACUUCACUUCUGCAUCCGCGAAUACAUACAGGGAGCUCCAUCUUCGCGCCGAAGAAGAGAAAGCCCGAGUUGCGCAGGAGAGCGGCGGCAGUGUUCCCUAACUCCUUUCAACGCUUAGGUUUUACACGAGGACAUGAGCGUCUGUCAAUGCAAAGGGACCGCCACCAGUGACCCCCCUGCGGCACAGUGACACUACAACCCUUGUGGCAGCUGAUGCACCUUGCUCGCCAGGUGCCCCAAGUUUCGGGUUUCGGGUUUCAGGCUCUGGUGUGGAGUUAACAGGUUGCAACACGGGUUUUGUUUUACUAAUCUGUACAUGAGUUGGGCUACGUGAUGCAUUCUUUGAUCUGGAUGGCCAGCAGUUCUCCUCAAACCGGAACUGUGAAGCACGGUUAUGGAAAUAGGUAUAUCACCAGGCAUGUUCUGGUAGUUGUGAGACCCCUGGAGCGACUGAGUGAAGAAGAGGCAGGCCCUUGUGCAUCUGGGAAGCUGAAUUAUGACCUCUAGUUGGCUGUGCAACCCCAGAAGAUAAUUGGAAGGAAGAUGUAAGCCGCACGAUCUUGGUUCAGAUCAAAGGGUGGGGCAUAUAAGAUCCUGUUGUCAUGAAAUCCAAGAUCCAUGGAACGCUGCUCUCCACCCCAUGUCACUAUGCCAGCGCUCAACCGUACAUACAAGAGGCCAGGCUAUCAGAAGGUGUUCCGUAAUCGCAGCACUUUGGCAUGUCAUUGUACAUUUGUACAGAGAGGUGAUGCGGGAUGAAUCGAGCUGGAGCCUCUUGUCCGCUGCCGAGCGCCCGAGACAUAUGUUUGCUUAGAGUUUCCUCUGCUGCGUCUGGACUCUACUUCGCCGUGCAACCGAGCUGGAAGUACUCUUACAGGGUAGACGACGCCCUGACCCGUUCUGCAGAUCAGCUAACCGCUCCGGCCCUCAACCUUUUUUUUUGUUUAUUAUAUAUACAUAUUAUUAAUUCAUUUGUAGCACCCCGUGUACAGCUGCCGGCGAACUUAAACCUGCUGCGCCAUAUUUUAUUCAUUUUUUUCACCACGGGUUUGCCGUGCUUGUGAAUUGC